AAAAGUUGUUCCCUGAAUCAAUUACAAGAAACAUGAGCUUUCAGAUUUUACAAGGCCUGUCAUUUAUUCACAAACAUGGGUUCUUUCAUCGGGACAUGAAGCCAGAGAAUCUGCUGUGCAUGGGUCCAGAACUGGUGAAAAUAGCAGAUUUUGGACUGGCCAGAGAGAUCCGCUCCAAACCUCCGUACACAGACUAUGUUUCAACCCGAUGGUACCGGGCUCCAGAGGUCCUGCUUAGAUCGUCUACCUACAGCUCUCCUGUUGACCUGUGGGCGGUGGGCUGCAUCAUGGCUGAGCUCUACACUCUCAGACCUCUCUUCCCUGGAAACAGUGAAGUGGAUGAGAUCUUUAAGAUAUGCCAAGUUCUAGGCACCGUGAAAAAGACGGACUGGUCCGAGGGCUACCAGCUAGCUUCUGCUAUGAACUUUCGCUUCCCCCAAUGUGUGCCCACCCACCUGAAGACCCUCAUCCCAAAUGCCAGCAACGAGGCCAUCAUACUGAUGAGGGACCUGCUGCAGUGGGACCCCAAAAAAAGACCCACUGCUGUACAGUCCCUGCGUUACCCAUACUUCCAGGUAGGCCAGAUCUUAGGGCCUCGACCUCAGAGCCAGGAGAUCAAGAAGGUCCAGGCCAGGCCGCCGGUCUCGGAGUCCAAGGCUGAUACCCAGCAGUCUUCCUCUGACUCCAAAGCCUCCACUUCCUCCUCCAAAAACCAUCAUCAUCCUCCUCAGCAGAUCCCCCUUCCCCAAACUGAGAGUAAAGCAGGAGGUCAUGCAAAAGCUGCAUCGCUGGGCAGUGAGAACAGCGUUGGUGGGGGGGGGAUGGCGGAGCUGAAGAGCGGCCGUCGUCGCUGGGGCCAGACCGUCGCCAAGACCUCAGACAGCUGGGAGGAAUCGGACCGCUCAGAAACCGCCGCCUCCGACUCCAAGAAGCCCAGCCUGGGGGACGCAGAGGAGGAGUGGGGCCCUCAGGAGGAGUGGGGCCCUCAGGAGGAGAGGGGCCCUCAGGAGCAUCGCCCACAGCCCAAGCCGUCGGAGCAGAAGCCUCUGUAUUCCUUCAGCACAGUCACUAAGCUACCCAACAAUGUUAAGAUGGGCCAAAUGGACCCCAAUCUCCCAGGAUCUGCUGCACGACAGCACUACCUGAGCCAGUCUCGAUAUAUGCCAGGGUUGAUCGGCAAGCAUCAGACUUCUUCUGGCGAUAAGGAGUUGAGUGGUUUGACGCUGCGGGACUUGUGGGAGAACUCCUCAAACACUGUAAAUAAACCGCUCGCUCCUAUUGGAGGAGGAUUAUCAGUCACGAGAGCCAAAGCAGGGAACUUUGUGAGCACCAAAUACAACCUCUCUGGCGCUUAUAUUCCUUCAUUCCAGAAGAAAGAGGUGGGCUCAGUGGGGCAGAGAAUCCAUCUCGCUCCUUUGGCUGGUCAGCACAAAAUCAAUCCUUCCUCUUCUCCUGAUAACAAAAAAGAGAAAUCUAAAUCUGCAAAGGCCAAGCCUGUAUCCAACUCCUCUUUGAGCGAAAGUAAUGAAGAUUACGAGGGCUUGAAGAGGAGGGCAGACAGGACUCAGAUGAAGGGGAGCAGCUACUCAGCCCUGGGGAAGACUUCUGGGAAUCUCCUUAGCCGAGCCCCCCCCGUGCAGCCGGUCCACGGCAGAGUGGACUGGACAUCCAAAUAUGGUGGAACUCGGUAGAUCGGACAAGUCAUACACCUUUAGAUAAUGGAUGUUAACCCCAAGCACAGUUUUUAAACACACUGAAACCCUACAGGGAAUGCAGUAUGUUCCCCUGAAACAAAUUACAAAAAAAAUCCACAGAGGUAGCUGGUAGGGGAACAAACUGGUCUCAAAAGACAUGCUUUCAGGAGACAUUUUUCAUGCCACAAUUGCAUAAUUCUGUUUCCA